ACCAUAUUGCAUAUUGUGCCAUCUAUGGGCGAUGAUGAUGACGAGGAUGAGCAGGAGGAAGAUAAUGAUGAAGAGCUUGAUGAAGAUGACAUAGUGGGCUUGGAGCAGGAAGAUGGCGAGCAAGUUGAUGAAGAUGACGAAGAUGACAUGGGUCCCAUCAUUUUCGAGGGCACCAUUGAUCACAGCCCCGACUCUGAUUCACAGUCGCGCAACAAGACCUUCUAUUGCCCCAAUUGCGGCAACUGUUACAGCGCCGCCGGCUCUUUGAAGCUGCAUAUGCGCGCUUGUCUGCGGCAGCGCAACGAAGUGUCUGCCGAGGAGCGCAAGUGCAAGGUGUGCAGCAAAAUCUUCAACUCGGUGGCAUAUCUGAAGGAGCACAUGAUGCGUCAUACUGGCGAGCAGCCCUAUCGCUGCACUCGCUGCUAUCGUAAAUUUGUGGACGAACACAAGUACAAGACACACAUGGAGGCGCACAAGCAUCAGGACAAGCUCGAGGCUGAGGCUGAGGCUUUGGCCGCUCAGCAUGGCGGCAAAAAAGUGGUGGUCAAGGAGUUCAACUGUUCGUUCUGCGCCCAAAGCUUCACGGUGGUCUUCGAUGUGGGCCAAGUGAAGCGUCGCUACGCCUGCGAUGCCUGUCGUGACAAGUACUCCAAUGCGGAGGCAUUGCGUCAACACAAGCAGCAGGUGGAAGAGAAGCGUGAGUUUAGUUGCGAACGCUGCGGCCGCAAGUUUGUCUUCGAAGGAUUUCUGCAGCGCCAUCUGCCCACUUGUGAUGGCAGCAUCAAGCGUCGUCGCGACAUGAAGUAAAACUCCAAGCGAUGCCCACGAGCAAGUGCAGCAGAGUCAUUAUCCAUGCGUUUCAUUGUUAUCAAUCAACAGCAACAGCAGCAGCAACAGUCUGAAGAGCAGUUAGACACAAGUUUUUUUUUCAUACAUACACACAUACACAUAUACAUAAACACAAACAGCUAAUUGGUGGCAGAGACUCAACUCUCUUUGCCAACAACUUAAACAGACGAAGGCGGCGUCAGCAAACAGCUCAGGAGGUCACAUAACGCUUCCUUAACACUAUAUCGCUUAAAUUUUAAUCUUCGCAUGUUUUCCAAAUAAUCUGCUGACGUCCUGCCACCCACACACACACACACACACACUUGAUAUAGCAUCCCCAGUUGGGCUUUUGCUGCCAAGCCUCAAGUCUCUUCUUCAUUCGAAGCUGAGCUUUACACACACACACACAUACAAUUAUACACACAUACUAUAUCUUAUCUUAUAAUCUUUUCUUCGAUUUUUUUUAAUGAACACAUAGCUGUAAUUAUUAGUAUAUUUGUUAUUGAAGUGUCGCGACAUAUUAGUUUUGUCAUCAGGAUAACUUUUCAUUUCUUUUAAUUAAAUUUUUUUUUUUUGUAAUUUUGGCUUUGCUCUGUGGCGUUUUGGAUUAAUGAUGUAUAGUGUACGUACAUUUUUUAAAUAAUUAUUAUACCUAAACGCAUAUACUACAUACGAUUAUUAUAAAUCUUAGCAACGCCGCUUAAUUUGCAAUACUUUAAGAAAUCCAUCAUUAAUGUGAAAAUUCAAUAAAGAAAGAGUAACAAGAAAAGCCAAAAAAACCAAAAUCGAUAUUCAAUAUUAAUAUGAGCCUCGCUCGGACUAGAUAUGCGACCACAAUUAUAUAGACAAAACUAUCAAAUGCUUUA